UAGUAGCUAUAAUAUCAGGCUUCGGAAAAAAAACUUCUGUUCUCUCAGUCGCUCUGUGAAGACGAGAUUCAACGGUUGUGUGUCUACAUAGUAAAGUUUAAGUGUGUCUACAUAGUAGAAAUGUACGUUGCCGGUGCUAAAAUGAACGCUAAGGACAUGAAUUAUUACACAUCGAUUCAACACGAGGACAAGGCUCUACCGUGCAAAAAAAUCUGUGAGAACGUUCCACGACCUCCUGCUACGCGUAUCUUAAGAUGCCGAUACACUUUGACUGCAACUGCUUAUAAAUAUUUGGAUAUCGGGAUCAGCGAAGGAGCUGAGCUAAUCGUAGACAUAUUCAUUGGUGAUAAUCGUGACAACCAACUGCUAUUGCCGAUUAAAACUUGGAAUGUGCUAAUGGGGCAACGUGUUGACAUCCAAAGAUUUCUGCAGGUCAAUUUCUACAAGUCAUCGUCUUCCCCGAUGCAUAUAGAAAAUGUAUCAAUCGAAUUGUGUAAAAUUUAUUGGAGACUCGAAUAA